AUGACAAACAAAUCAGUACAGGGUGAUUAUAAGUGUCAUCAUUAUAAGACCAUCUCCAAUGGCCAACAAUCUCAACAAUUUUUUGAUGCAAUGGCAAGGCAAGUAGGAAGGCAUUUGAAAAGGAGGGGAGAGAAAGUGAGGAGAAAGUUAAAAAAAAGCAACCGUUCUCACAAGAACUGCGAAAGAUCUCAUUUCCCAGGGGCUAAAGUGCAAAAGGUUGCUCCAGUUCGGAUAACGAACCAAAUCCUCUCCCCUUGCGGGAACUCCCUUCAGUCAAUCCUCCCUCCCUUCUCUCGCGCUCUCUCCCCCUCGUUCUCGCCAAGCCCCAAUGGCGGCCUCGUUCUCCUCUCGUUCCUUAUCUCUUUCCUGCCUUCCUUCGAUCUCGCUCCCCAAUCGAGUUCCCUUCACCUUUUCUUUUUCUACUCGAGGGUCCGGCACCGGCGUGAGGGAUCGGUCACCGCUGCUCCGUGCGACUCUCCACCGAACGUCCUCGUCGACCGCGCGGAAUCGGAGAAGGCGAACCGGCUGAAGUCGGUGUACCUCGAGAAGGUCGUCCCGAUUCUCACCAACGAAUUCAGCUACAAGAAUGUUCACGAGGUGCCGAGAAUAGAGAAGAUAGUUGUGAAUUGCGGCAUGGGGGAUGCUGAGCAGAACUCCAAGGGAUUGGAGGCGGCGAUAAGGGAUUUGGCGACGAUAACGGGGCAGAGGCCGGUGAAAACCAAGGCGAAGAAUUCUAUUGCGGCUUUCAAGCUCAGAGAAGGAACUGUUGUGGGGAUUGCAGUAACUCUUCGUGGCAAUGUGAUGUACUCAUUCCUUGACCGUCUAGUCAACUUGGCCUUCCCCAGGACCAGGGAUUUCCAAGGAGUGAACCCAAACAGUUUUGAUGGGCACGGGAACUACAGUAUCGGCAUGAGGGACCAAAGUGUGUUUCCGGAGAUCAGAUAUGAAGCCCUCGGCAAGCAAAACGGGAUGGAUGUCUGCAUCACUACCACAGCGAGAACCGAUAAAGAGGCCCAGAGGCUGCUCGCCCUCCUUGGCAUGCCGUUUAGGGAGGGCAGUGGAGGCCCCACUGUUUUGAUCCGAAAGAAGAAGAAGAAGGCCAUCCACUUUGAAUCCAAGUCAAAAGGAAGAAGAUAGAGAAACAUAACACCAUCAUUUUCAUCCUCCUUGCCGUUGUCUGUUGCAGUUAGUUUGGCUUCUGUUCUCUUUUUGAUUUACAUGGUUGAGCAGUGUUUUUGCAAGAACAUAAGCAUCUGAAUGCUAAUGCGGAGGUCUCAGUCUGCUGUAAAUUGAAACUAGUGCUGGAUUGGCUGGGGAUGUUCUGUGAAUUUGGCUGGUCACCUACUUUUUUAUAUUCAUAAUAUAUUAUGCAA